AUGCUGCAGUACCACCCCGGGCCUGUGGGGGUGGACCCUGACAUGCUGCAGUACCACCCCGGGCCUGUGGGGGUGGACCCUGACAUGCUGCAGUACCACCCCGGGCCUGUGGGGGUGGACCCUGACAUGCUGCAGUACCACCCCGGGCCUGUGGGGGUGGACCCUGACAUGCUGCAGUACCACCCCGGGCCUGUGGGGGUGGACCCUGACAUGCUGCAGUACCACCCCGGGCCUGUGGGGGUGGACCCUGACAUGCUGCAGUACCACCCCAGGCCUGUGGGGGUGGACCCUGACAUGCUGCAGUACCACCCCGGGCCUGUGGGGGUGGACCCUGACAUGCUGCAGUACCACCCCGGGCCUGUGGGGGUGGACCCUGACAUGCUGCAGUACCAUCCCGGGCCUGUGGGGGUGGACCCUGACAUGCUGCAGUACCACCCCGGGCCUGUGGGGGUGGACCCUGACAUGCUGCAGUACCACCCCGGGCCUGUGGGGGUGGACCCUGACAUGCUGCAGUACCAUCCCGGGCCUGUGGGGGUGGACCCUGACAUGCUGCAGUACCACCCCGGGCCUGUGGGGGUGGACCCUGACAUGCUGCAGUACCACCCCGGGCCUGUGGGGGUGGACCCUGACAUGCUGCAGUACCACCCCGGGCCUGUGGGGGUGGACCCUGACAUGCUGCAGUACCAUCCCGGGCCUGUGGGGGUGGACCCUGACAUGCUGCAGUACCACCCCGGGCCUGUGGGGGUGGACCCUGACAUGCUGCAGUACCACCCCGUGCCUGUGGGGGUGGACCCUGACAUGCUGCAGUACCACCCCAGGCCUGUGGGGGUGGACCCUGACAUGCUGCAGUACCACCCCAGGCCUGUGGGGGUGGACCCUGACAUGCUGCAGUACCACCCCAGGCCUGUGGGGGUGGACCCUGACAUGCUGCAGUACCACCCCGGGCCUGUGGGGGUGGACCCGGGACUGGGCAGCAGUCGAAAGGCAGAGACCUCGAAGACCCAGUCACUCACAACAUCUGGCUGUUGGGACGUGGAUCGUCACCUCACCGGGGGGGAGGAGCCUGAGCUCGUGGGGGAGGAGCCUGAGCUUGUGGGGGAGGAGCCUGAACUCGUGGGAGAGGAGCCUGAGCUUGUGGGGGAGGAGCCUGAACUCGUGGGGGAGGAGCCUGAGCUUGUGGGGGAGGAGCCUGAACUCGUGGGGGAGGAGCCUGAGCUUGUGGGGGAGGAGCCUGAACUUAGCUACUCCCAAGUCCCAGAGGAGGAGAGCUUCUCCCAGGUCCCAGAGGAGGAGAGCUUCUCCCAGGUCCCAGAGGAGGAGAGCUUCUCCCAGGUCCCAGAGGAGGAGAGCUACUCCCAAGUCCCAGAGGAGGAGAGCUUCUCCCAGGUCCCAGAGGAGGAGAGCUUCUCCCAGAGGAGGAGAGCUUCUCCCAGGUCCCAGAGGAGGCGUCCUUGGGGAGGUCCCACCAGGAGGCGACCCAGGACACAGAGGGAGGAGACCAGGAGGAGACCCAGGACGCAGAGGGAGGAGACAGGAGGAGACCCAGGACACAGAGGGAGGAGACCAGGAGGAGACCCAGGACACAGAGGGAGGAAACCAGGAGGAGACCCAGGACACAGAGGGAGGAGACCAGGAGGAGACCCAGGACACAGAGGGAGGAGACCAGGAGGAGACCCAGGACGCAGAGGGAGGAGACCAGGAGGAGACCCAGGACACAGAGGGAGGAGACCAGGAGGAGACCCAGGACACACAGGGGGAAACCAGGAGGAGACCCAGGACACAGAGGGAGGAGACCAGGAGGAGACCCAGGACACAGAGGGAGGAGACCAGGAGGAGACCCAGGACACAGAGGGAGGAGACCAGGAGGAGACCCAGGACGCAGAGGGAGGAGACCAGGAGGAGACCCAGGACACAGAGGGAGGAGACCAGGAGGAGACCCAGGACACAGAGGGAGGAGACCAGGAGGAGACCCAGGACACAGAGGGAGGAGACCAGGAGGAGACCCAGGACACAGAGGGAGGAGACCAGGAGGAGACCCAGGACACAGAGGGAGGAGACCAGGAGGAGACCCAGGACACAGAGGGAGGAGACCAGGAGGAGACCCAGGACACAGAGGGAGGAGACCAGGAGGAGACCCAGGACACAGAGGGAGGAGACCAGGAGGAGACCCAGGACACAGAGGGACUGUCUCUCAGCUGGCCUGGGAACUCUUCGGGGUCGGACGAGCUGGAGGAAGUGUGUGAGAGGGAAGUCUGGGCGUCUCUGCUCAGACUGCUGCCCCUGCGACUCGGCAACGGAUGA